AUGAAUCGACCUAUAAACCAAGCAGUUAGAGGUCAGCAGUUGGCACCUCAAAAUGCUAAUAUUCCUGUAAAUUUAUUCUUCGAUAAUCUUACUGCCGAACAAAAAUAUGAAAUUUUAACUAAAGGCACAGAUCCAUUCGCUAGUGCUAGAGUACAAGAAACGGAAAAUCAGGCA